AUGGCCGAGAACACGGUCGCAUCGCCGUAUACACCGCUACCGUCAAACGAUUCUUCGGCCACCCGACUGGUGAGACUGUUGCCGGCGGGAUUCCACGAUACUCUUCGAUGCGAGCUUGAGACUGUCUCCCUGGAAGGUGAACCGGCCUAUGUUGCGUUAUCAUAUGUUUGGAGAGACGCGACCGACACCGUUCCGAUCUCACUUAAUGGCGUUGAGCACGGCGUGACUAGGAACCUGGACUCGUUUCUACGGCACUUCCAGGCCCUUUUGAAAGAAGCCUUCCUUGUUCUCCAGUGUCUACCUGUUGAUUGCUGGCCUUCAGGUAUUCAAAUUAUUGAAGCACUAAAUUCUCUCGCGACUCCUCUACAAAGUUCAGAAGACCUUGCUGAAACAGCACAAGUCGCCAUGCUAUCCUACUUUGCAUGA